AUGGCUCUAUCUCUUCUCUUCUACAUCUUCUGUGUGGUCUCAUCUCCUUCCCAUACCAACCCUAUCCACGAUUUCCAGAUCUUUAAACUCAAUCCUAAAGUUGAGUACUUCUUCGUAGCCUCACUUGAAGAAUUCCUGACAUCCACCUCGAAGAAUCAAAGAUCUCAUAUGGUUUCGGAUGAUAUAGUGCAUAUAGCGAGGAUUACUGAGAAUAUUGUGGCUAGAGAUGGGGUGGUGGUGUUUUCAAUGGCGGAUGUGCCAUUGGCGAAGUCUAUGCUGGAUUGUAGGAAGAUGGAUCCCAAUGAGAUAGUGGUGUUGCCCCAGGUGGAUAUUGGAGAGUAA